UUUAGUUUAUUUUGACCACCGAUACACAAAAACACACAAAAAAGAAGGAAAUAAUGGAGGCUCCACCGAUGUUUAACAGUGUCGAGGACGAGUGCAGAUAUUGGAAAGAGCGCUCCAAACAGUACCACAAAGAAUGGACAGAUGUGAAACAGGAGUACGACGAAUACGUUGAACAGUCGCGAGAAAUGGAGGCCGAAAUGGACGCCACUCUGGAGCAAAAACAGAGUAUAAUUAAAGAUCUCAGAGCCAAGCUUAAUAUGUUAGAGAAAGAGAACGAUUCGCUUAAGCUCAAGGUGGACUCACAUGGCAUUGAAAUGUCAAUGCUGGAUAAACAGUAUGAGACGGUGAAAAAAGAGCGCGAUUCGAUGAAGGAAUAUCUGCGACAAUUGGAGCAGAAAAACGAUGAUCUGGAGCGUGCACAUCGAAUACUCAACGAGAGCAUAGUAGACUUUGAGAAGAUGUUGGACAAAGCCUAUGAAAAGAAUGCGCUCCUUGAGAUGGAGGUGGACGAGAAGGAGAUGCUGCAAGAGAAGCUGCAGCGGCUAAUGGACGAGACCCGCGAUCUCAAGCAGGAGCUGAAUGUAAAGGCGCGCUAUACGCCAGCGAAUGGCACAACAACAACAACAGGAGUAGCAACAAAUACUGCAAACACCGGCAACAGCUCGAUGAAUUCGUCAGCAUCUCUGCCCAAUGGAAUUCUGGGCAAUGGUGAUAUACUGAUGCAACAUGACAAUGCCACCGCAACAAAAGCCAGCAGCGUUAGCGUUAGUUCGCUAAACGGCAGUUUAGCUAAUAGAAACGAAUAUAAUCAACAGCAACAUUCGCUUAAAAAUCCCGAGAACCUUAUCAAUGGCAAUGCUAUGAAUGCCAGCUCCCGCACCACGGCGCUCAACAUUGUGGCCGACAUGUUAAGAAAACUGAACGCCAUGGAGACGAAGCUGAAGACAUAUCGAGAGCAUGCGCCGCCGAUGCAUCCACGUCAAUGACCAGCAGCCGGAUUGGCGCUGCAACAGUCGCCCCUAUCACUGGAGACUGCCGAGUAGCUACUGCGACAACUGGCAGCUGUACAGUUGCAUCGUUUGUUCAGUUUUGUUUACGUUCUAGUUUCGAUUUUAACGUGCUUCUGUCCCGCUCUUUUUAUUUAUUUUUUCAUUGAAUUGACUUGUAAAAAUUUACUAUAUAUUAUUACUUAUAAAUCACACACAAUCGUUUAUGUUGUAUGUGAAUAUAUUAUAUAGCUAUAUAUAUUGAAGCCGAUUCCACGCCCCGCCCAACACACACACAAUACGCCUUACUUGUAUGUAACGAGAGAAAAUACGUUAAACUUAAGUCGCAUUAAUUCUGAUCUGAUUCAUCAUGUUUAAGAGCAUGAUUUAAAUGGCUUUCUUUACACGUGGCAGCCGCGAUUUUGCACAUUCAUGGAAUGCAUAAUUAGUAUAUGUUUCUUAUAUAUGUUUAAAAUUAGUCAUGUUCUAGUAUUGAUUGUUAAUUUUUGCUCGCAGAGCUUUCAAAAUGAAAUAAUGUGCAUCUAAACAUGUACACAGUUUUGAACAUGACUACUAGUUUAGCGAGUAAGUUCAAGUGAGAUCAGCACACAGAGCUUCUGUAGAAUUGUAGCUUGUAGUGCAUCAUAAAUAAGAAGAAAGUUCAGCUGAUUCGAAAGUAUUACAGCCCGUAAAAACAUACUAUUACACGAAAGCAAAACAAAUACUAGCAUUAAAUAGAAGGAAAGGAGAGAAAGAGAGAGGUUUACAGAGUUUAUAGAGAGUGUGUGGUGGCAAUUAUCACUUAAGCUAAAUACAAUUUAUGACUAGUUACGGCUAAGGUCGUCUCUUGCACUCUAACCCUAACCUUUCCCCAACAAUCCAACCAUUUAGUUAAAUUUGAACAGCGUACAAAAGAAUUUCAACAACAACCACAAUAAUGACACAUUUUUCGUUUUAUAUUUUGAUGCGAAUAUAAAAUAAUGUAAAAAUGCAACAGAGAAAAGAAAAAUGUUAUUAUUAUUAUACUAUAUUACAUAUAUUAAAUAAUUGUACAUUUAUGAAACAGACAACAACACAUGAUAAUUUAUAAAUAAAGAGAUAAUUAGUUUUAAAUAGAAA